GAUUAGCGUCGAGAAGAUCUACCACGACGGUGGUGGCUGAGCGACAUGGAGGCGAAAGUGGAUGCGAUUCAGGACAAGCUACGUAGCAUCUUCGAGACCAAGUCUGGGUACAGAGAUGAAGCCACGCAAGCCAAACUCUUGGAGAAACACUUCCGGUACUUUGACACGGACGGAUCCGGCGUGAUCGACUACCACGAGUUCACGUCGGCCAUGCUAAGACUCAAUUUUGUGGGCGUGCAAGCAGAGCUGGAGGGGCUGUUUGAUCGGUACGACGAAGACCUCAAUGGCACGUUGUCCUACGUCGAGUUCGCCAGUGUUAUCUUUGGCACGAACGGCGUGUCCAAGCCAUCAAGCCACGUCAAAUCCGUUGUGGAACGAGUACAUACAUUCUCAUCAUUCCCCCGGCGUGUAUGAUCUCAUGCCAAGUGCAGGUGAAAGCAUUGAUCCUUGAAAAUGGCGGUAAAAAUGGCAUUCGAACCCUCACCGUGAUCUUACGUCGAAUGGACCAAAACGGCGACCGUACCCUCGACAAAGAGGAAUUCUACAACGGUCUCCUGGAACUGGGUGUGCAGGCCAACGAGAUCGAAACCACCGAAUUAGACAAAGUAUUUUGCCAUUUUGACCGCGAUGGCAACGGUCGUAUCACAAUUCACGAACUGCUUCGAGGCCUUCGGGGAGGCAUGGGAAAGCGUCGCAUUCUCCUCGUGCGACAAGCAUUUCAUCUGCUGGACGAAUCCAAAGAUGGCACCGUCACCGUGGACGAGAUCGCUUCUCGAUUUGACACGUCACACCACCCCGACAUUCUCUCUGGCCGCCUCAAACCUGUGGACGUUCUCAGGCAGUUCCUCGCCGUGUUUGAAAGCCAAUCCGACACCAACGGCGUUGUGACGUGGCAUGAGUUUCUCAACUACUACCGCGACCUCGGCGCUGGCAUAGAAAACGACGACGAGUUCGAACUCAUCGUGAGGAAUGCGUGGCACAUGAGUGGGGGCGAAGGAUGGUGUGAAAACAGCACGUGUCGUCGCGUGCUGGUCACGCACAGCGACGGAUCCCAGCGGGUCUGCGAGAUUCAGAAUGAUCUUGGCAUUGGUCCGAAGGACAAGACCAAGAUGGUUCGGCAAUUGCUGCUGCAAGGUGUUCGCGACAUCGUAGACGUCAAGUUGGCGAUGUAAAAGAGUAGUACUGAGUAAAUUGUUUCAUUUAAAUACUACUGUAGUAUUGACCAUAUAAUAAAAUUUGAUCAGAAAUCACAAUAUU